GGACCUGUUGGAUAAAAGGACCAUUUUCUAAAGGACUCUGGUGUGUUACAGAGGAUCAUGCACUGGGGACCAUCGUGUAAGACGGUUUAAUAAGAAAAAAAAAGGCCUUUCUUAAAACAUAGCAGACAGCAUGACUGGAAAACAAGGCGCCGUGCUGUCGGAAAGUUUGAAUCUGUCGGAGAAAACCUCUCUGGGAGCGAAUGGAGGGACACACAGCCACCAGUCGAAGAACAGCGCGCCUCAUCCACCGCCCAGGUGCACUGGUUUCGGCAUCCAGGAGAUCUUGGGGCUAAAUAAAGAGCCCUCUGCGGCCCCAAGGAGUCCCCUCGGCUCGCUGCCUGCCGGGGCGCACCUGAUCGCGGCCAGGUCUCUGCUGGGCCCCGCCGGCAUGGGAAUGGGUGUGGGGAUGGGAUUAAUCGGUCCUGGUGGGAUUCCGUCGUUUUACAGCCAGCCAGCUUUUCUGGAGACGGUGCUGCAGGACGCACAAGAUGUUCACCUGCAGCCCCACAGCAGGUCCGUGGGCCCACUGGAGACCAGCCAGUCCGCCAGCUCAGGUCAGAUAUACAACACGAACAAGCUAGACCUGCUGACGGCAGGAUUAACAAGUGUUUUUAUUAUUAUUAUUAUUAUUAUUAUUAUUAUUAUUAUUAUUAUUAUUAUUACUAUCUAUGAGACUGAGCCUUUGUCUGGUAUGUGGAAUUAAAUAGGCUAAUUAUAUAAUUGUUCAAAUGUAGGCCUACGUGUCCACUAAAAACGACAGUGUGUGAUUUAUAAUCUAUUAUUAUAAUCUCUUUUAUAAUGAUGAUGAUGAUGAUGUUUCUAAGCUUUCCUCUUGUUUGAAUCUAGACUCUGAGGAUUUAUCGUCAAAUGAACGAAAAUUGUCAAAAUCUUCAGUCAGCCAGAGCAAGAAACGAAAGAAGAGACGACACCGGUAAGAAUUUCUUUUGGCUUAUUUCUUUUGGCUCUCAUGGUUACUUCUCUGGUUUACCACUCAGACUUUUUUUUAUUCCUUUAAUGGAAAGGCAACAAUAUUUUGUAAGUACAUUUAAAAUAUUGGGGAGUUAUUGUCCCCCCCCCCCCCCCCUUUUUUUUUUUUCUAAGUGAUUAAGAAAAUUGGCUGCUCAUAACCUGGAAAAGUAUGUGUAUAUAUAUAUGUAUAUAUAUAUAUAUAUAUAUAUAUAUAUAUAUAUAUAUAUAUAUACAUAUACAUAUGUAUAUAAAAUUGCUGUAGUCUGACCAUUAUAAAAGUGUCAUAACACCUUUUUUUCAGAUUAGUUUCCAAUGUUACAAUGUUAACACAAAACUUAUAAAGUGAAUCUGUGCAGCUUUAGCUGAGUCUCGUAUUUAACUGGAGUGUUUGGAUUAUCUAAAGGCCAACAUAUGCUGCAUUAACUAAAUGCUAAAUGUAUAUUUCCACAGGACCAUAUUCACGUCGUACCAGCUCGAGGAGCUGGAGAAGGCCUUCAACGAGGCGCAUUACCCGGAUGUUUACGCCCGAGAGAUGUUGGCCAUGAAGACAGAGCUGCCUGAAGACAGGAUACAGGUGAAAAUAAACUCUCACUUCACACUUUUUUAAGAUGAUAAUAUUCAUUCGUUGUAAUUCAAUCGAAAAUGUUGAGGUUUUGCUGUUGUAGCUCCCUCCUCUUUAGCACACUCUCCUAGUCUAUUACGGUUCAAUUAUCCCUCAGUCAGUCUCUGUCAUUGAAGUGUUUCAUAUUUUGAAAGUUCAUCAUUGUUUCGAGUAAAAAUGUAAACAUUUCAAAUGUUUUUUUUUAAUGUACUGCAAUAUUGUUAUUGUCAAAAUUAUUAGCCUACAUUCAUAAAGGUGUCAAUGUUACAAUAUAUUACUUUUAGCAAAUAUUUAAACAUGAAUAUUUGAAGGAAAUAAAAUACGCCAGCUGUGGUAGUCCUUUUAAAAGUACGGAUGGUGCGAUUAUCAUUUAAAAAAAAAUGAUGUUUAGAAGAAAGAAUGAAAGAAAGAAAGAAAGAAAGAAAGAAAGAAAGAGAGAAGGAAGGAAAGAGAGAAAUGUGCGAUUUUUCUAACAUUUCCAGCUUUUUUCCCGAGUUCAACCACAAUCUAAUCCUGUGAAAUCACCAUCUUAAAACAUUAUAUUCUCGCUUUUUAAAACACCCCAAACGAAAAGACUUUUCCAUGUUAAAAUUAACUCCAAGAAUAAUAACCGGAUUUACUUUAUUUAAUCAUAAGCCUACUUACUUUGAUGAGCAUUAUUUUAGAAAGCAGUGACAGCUUGUAGGAUACUGACACAUUAAAAGUGAACUAAACUCCUCUUCUAGCUUCACCUCCUCCUCUCUGCGCCUCCUCCCUUCUGCCUCCUUCGCAGAUCAUCUCUCAUCAGGUUCAGUUGGAUGUGAAACAAUUUGUUCUCGUAAAGGAGCUCUAACGACCUAAUCAAGCUAUCAAGGCGGAAGGAGAUUGCGGUGUGACCUGGCCCAUCCAUCUGCCAGGCCGCCUUUUAAUCUCUUUCUCAUUACGCGCUGCAACAGAAUAAAUAAUAAAAAAGAAAUAAAUAAAUAAGCUCCCAUCCUAAAUAAAAUUAACACCCAAUUUUCUCAUUGAGUGUAAUUAGUUAAAUCAGACUGGCUCGUGAGGCGCCUGCUGCUGCUGCUGGAGACACGCGGGGAGUUCAAAUGAAAUAACUACAUUGAAUUUAUUAGCACGGGUCAAUAGCGCGGCUCCCCCGAGUCCCGGUAGUUUAAUUUCCCGUGAUAUUUGCCCGCCUGGCCGCCAUCGAUUGGGCCUGAAAUUAACUUAUUUUUCAAUCAGCCUGCGCGUGCCCCAGGGUCACUGCUCCUCCUGCUUCCACACUGGCGCUCUUUUGAGGGCCACAGAAGCAAUUUCUCAUGAAAAAAAUAUCGUGUAUGAAAUAAGGGUUAUCAUCAGAAUUACCGAGAAGAAAAAAAAAUGGUUUGAUCGUUUUCAAUUUAAUAUCUGUCCCCUCUUUCGAGACCUCCCCCCUCCUCUUCCUCCUCCUCCUCCUCCUCCUCCUCACAGAGCCAUCAGAGGAGUCUAAGCAGAGUGUUUAACCUGCCUGUGUUGUUGCUGAACAAUCAAUGAGUCCUCUCUCUGAGCUGACACACAGCCUGCAGGCCUGCACGGUACUGCAAAGUAACAGAGCGUCCGUGAAUGCAGCACAGGUGGAGAUGAGCUCUGACAGGAUGCUCAGGUCUCCCACACCUGUAGCCUGCUGGGUGUUUUGGGAAAUCGAUGGACAUAAUCCAGACACAGGGGUAGUUGUCUUCGGAGUGCUUUAGGUUACACUUAGUAUUUCCAAUAAGGUCAUCUUCAGAAUAAAACCAUAGAGGUUAUUUUUAUGCCACUCUACCUAUUUCUUAUGUAUACUAAUAAAUCAUUUCAUAGUCAUAGUAAUAAUUUUUGUUCAGUCUGUAGUUGAAGCAUGCAACCCACACGUAUGCAAAUAUGCACAAACAUGCACAGACUGAAUGCGACUAACAUGCCUUAAUUUAUUGGCGGGUGUCAAAGUUAGGAGGCUGUACACAGAAGAGCAGUCAGAGGUUCGCCACCUUGCUCAUAGGCUCCUCGACACUGGCUUGAAUGUUAAGUUGCACCUCUUAAGCUAUGCCAGUCCAGUUUCCAGACUUACUCAGACUUGAACAGACUUAGUUAGUGUUGGUUGUCGGAUUGUAUAACAUCCCCCUUGAUUGUUUUAAUUACCUUAAUUAUGCUGUCAUUAAAAAUAAGAGGGUCACGUUUUCUCAAAAUGAGCAGUUUUCUUUGUUGUUGUGAAUGAUCUGAGUAUUGUUCUUCGCUUUUUUUAUGACAGUUUGCAAGGUGUGCAAAUAAAGUGGACCAAUUAGACCCUAUAUGAGCACUCAUGGCUAAACAGCCUGAAGAGUUAAUAGUAAACCUACUAUCCAAAAUUGUAAUCUUAUCAGAGGCUAAAAGAUGUAUAAAGAUUCAGUAGAAAUCAUUUAUAGAGUCAUACUCUCUUGAAAAAAAGGAAAUUCCAAGAUGCACUUUGUUGUUUACGACUGUCAUUUACUUUACGCCUCCUCUGGCAUCACAGCUGACACUAAAGUAACUCCACCGUCCUCUAAUGAUUGGGCUUUAACUUGACAUCCAGAUUUUUUUAUCUGUUCAAAUUAAUCAUCAAUCAUCAAAAUGACUUAAGAAGAUAACCAGAUUUCAGUAGCCAAAAUCUUGUUCAAAAAAAGGACAGGCCAGGCUGGACCUUUUGAGGGUUAUCAACCCUCUUUGGUGUCUCUCUACUACAGGUGUGGUUUCAGAACCGCAGAGCCAAGUGGAGGAAGAGGGAGAAGUGUUGGGGCCGCAGCACCGUGAUGGCUGAGUACGGCCUGUACGGAGCCAUGGUGAGACACUCCAUCCCGCUACCAGAGUCCAUCCUCAAGUCUGCAAAAGACGGCAUCAUGGAGUCCUGCGCACCUUGGCUGCUUGGUAAGGCUGCUGUAUUCACAUUUAUACUAACAUUCAGUAUCAUUGAGUCAUUUAGUUAAUUUACUGAUUAAUUCAACACAUGAAUAAAUAUUCCUUUGCAAAAGAUGGACUGAUAUGCAGACCACAAAGUCUUCUUUACACAGUUUAAGAUUUUAAAAUCAAAACAUUGAGUACAUGGUAUAAUUCCAUCCUCUACCCUGGCCAUGCAUCUCCAUUCUCCAUUCAUACAUUAUUUUCUAAACCGGAACUAUUUUUGCUUGCUAUUUUCAGUCCAAGAUGGCUUACCAAUCAACAGACGCUAUUCUAAAUCUGAAUACCCGCAACUCUUUGCAGGGAUGCACAAAAAGUCCACGGAGGGAGCUGCUACCCCACCCACAGGAAAGUGCGACACUCCCCAGCAGCAGCAGCAGCAGCAGCAGCAGCCGAGCUCUCAGAGGGCGGAGGAGGCUGAGGCGGAGGAAAAGAGGUCAGAGGUCAAGUCCACCAUGUCUAAAGAGGAACUGAGGGAGAACAGCAUCGCUGCACUCAGGGCCAAAGCGCAGGAGCACAGUGCCAAAGUGCUGGGGACAGUUUGUCAGGAGAGACUGAUGGAGGGGAAACAGGAGAGACAGACAGCUGAGGAGAAAAGCUGUGAUCCUCUGAGUCCUGCAGAGGAGGAGAGGAGUCCAUAGAGACUGUCUGAGGUUUUUGUUCCUUAUUGACGUUUCCAAACUGGCCUGCAUCUGGACUUCCUUAGGAAGAAACUCAUCUGGCCCCAACUGGCUCUGCACAUGAGAUGCAAAAGCACUUUUUUUGAUUUAUUUCCAAACUUAAAAGUCAUUGUCACUUACAAACAGUAAACAAUCUUACUGAGUGAGACUUCAACUGUUAAUAUCUGUAAAAAGAUCCCAUGAUUAUAUGUAGAGCUAUUUGAGCAAAAGUUUAUCAAGUAUAACAGUUGUAGCAGACUUGAAGGACAACCAAUGAGAAGUCUGAAGCUAUUAUUUCAUUCUUGGUAUGUAUUUGUUUAUAAUGUUGCUUGUACAGCUUCUAAAUAGUGACAUGUGAGACCUGAACCAUCCCACCGACAGUACUCUUUUCAGAGAAAGAAAGUAUUUGUUGUCCUAUAUUGCGCUGUAAAUACUUGAUAUAUUAAUCUCUCGCACCAAGGCACAAUUUGAAACAUGUUUUUCUUGUAGUCUUUAAAAUGCUUGUCUUUUCAUUCCCAAAAUAUGUACAAUAGAAAGCAUAAAAUAC